UGCACUACAGAAGAUUUAGUACACACAGUAAAACACAGCUGUAGCAAAGAUUUAUGCUGCAGCUAGAUAAAGUCUAACUCAAAUUGUCAAAAAUAUGUAUGUCCUUUAAAAAUAAAUAAAAAUGCUUAUUAGCAUUUUUAUUUCUUAAAAAUAUAAAAGGAACUGUACAUAAUUGUAGUAAUACAAAUAAUCUGCAGCUUUAAAAAUAAAUCAAAUAUAAAUAUUUGUAUAUGAAAGCGGAAAAAGUUAUUGGCUCAGAGUGGGUGGACCUGGCUAAACUGGAUUUACCAAAUGAUACCUUUGGAAAUAAUACAAAGUAUGAAGAAUGGAUAAAAUGCAUAAGUUUGAGCUGCCUACUUUCUGAAUCAAUUUGCUAGUCAGUCAAACUAAAAUGGAAAAAUAAUUUCUGUACCUACUGGAUGUGAGGGCAUUCGGUCAAAUAUACUUUAAAUUAGUUUAUAGUGAAAAUACGUUCGUAAUUGUGUGACUAUUAAGAAUAUAUAUUUUUUUAAUUUGGGUUUUGGAAUUUGAUCCGAGUAGGACAUCUGUACUAUAAUCUGCGUAUCUUUGUAGAAACAUGACCGAGUGAGCGCUCUUACGAGUAAACAAUAUCUGACGUAUUAUUCUUCAGUAACCUUGGCAACAAGAAUUUAGGCAGUUGGGGAGGCCGUAAACGUUUAUACGCUUUGUACGUACCUUGGAAAACUUUCGUCUUUGUAAGUAUUUAUGUGUUUGUAAAGCGCCUGUUGUUUUUUGGCAGAUAAAAUGUAGAGCAGUGUGCAUCUUUGAGUGUGGAUUUAAGAGGAGUGAUGCAUUUUUUUCUUUGUUAUAUUUUCAGUUACAAAAACAUUUUGAAUGUAGCAAGGUGAGUGCAUUAGCUAAUAAUGUAUUUUUUCCCCUCCAGCUUAUAAAAAUCAAGGUUUUUGUGGAAACCUUUUACUAGUUGUUCGCUAACGUGUAGCUAAUGACGUGUUGUGAGGACAGUGACCCCCUGGUGACCCCGACAUGGCGAUUUCUGACAAGCAAGGGAUAUAAAGUAAAAUGUUUGAGAACCUACUGAAUAUGACUGCAUGCAACUGAAUCAGACUUUCAACUAUUUUUUUUAAAGAAUCUCACUGGCCUUAAAGAAAAUACAUGGUCAGAACUGAAAAGUCGUGUGCAGCAGACGGCAACCUGUUUGGCCCAAAUCAUAUAAUUUGAAAGGUAAUUCUACCAAAGAAUUCUAAGGAAAUGUAUGUCAAAUGUAAAGGUAACAUCCAAAAAUGUCUCAUUCCAACAUUUAUUGUUUAAUCUGUUUCAAUGUCAAACGGUAGGGAAGGAAAGUGUGUUUGUCCUUGUUCUAUUUCUUGUUAUUGGAACAAGAAAAGAUCAUUCGAGCAGUCGGGCUGUUUUUGAUUUUAAUAUUUGAUCAUUGUACACCUCACCAACACUUAAAAGUUGUGGGGGUUGUAACUAAAAACAUCUAUGUAAAAACAAUAACAUUAAAGAGGAUGCUGAAAUUUAACUUGUCGGGAUUCGAAAUUAUCUUCAAAACUGAAGGAUGCUCCAGGUUCGACCUAUACGUGAAGCGGGGCGCGUCUUUACGUGGAGACAACUCCGCCCAUUCCUGACUUACAGCAGGCCGACGUCUCUAAGCAACCAGCUGCCCAGCGUUGGGCUCUGCAGGCCGCAGAAUCAACAGCGUCCCGGACAGAACCAAGAAGUCAGCUCUUCAAAGGGACUAAAGGUUAUGGACUGGAGCUGGAAUUGAGCCAAGGCCGCCAUGAAUGACCGGUACCACCGGGCGGCCCGGGACGGCUACCUGGACAUCCUGAAGGAAGCCACUCGGAAGGAGCUGAACGCCCCGGACGAAGAUGGGAUGACGCCGACCUUAUGGGCCGCUUACCACGGCAACCUGGAGGCUCUCCGGCUCAUCGUUGGCAGAGGAGGUGAUCCAGACAAAUGUGACAUCUGGGGGAACACGCCGCUCCACCUGGCAGCUGCCAACGGCCACCUGAGUUCGCUCUCCUUCCUGGUAGCUUUCGGUGCCAACCUUUGGUGUCUGGACAAUGACUAUCACACACCUCUGGACAUGGCAGCUGCCAAGGGCCACAUGGAUUGUGUUCGAUAUCUGGACUCCACCGCCUCCAAGCAGAUCACCCUCAACCCAAAGCUGGUCAGUAAGCUGAAGGACCGAGCAUUUCGGGCUGCGGAGCGUCGCAUCAAAGACUGUGAGAAGCUCCAAAUGAGGCACCGGGAGCGCAUGGAGAGGAAGUUCAUGAAGGAGUCAGUGGCUCUGGAUAACCUGGAUGCUAUUAGCUUCUCCAGCUACACCAGCAGCAGCACGCUAAGCCCCAAGUUCAACACAGUCACCUCCAACAUGCCAUAUUCACAGGCUACGCUGCAUUCAACAGCCAAGGGCAAGGCCAAGAUUCAGAAGAAACUGGAAAAGAAGAAGCAGGUUGAUGGAACGUUCAAAAUCUACGAAGAUGGGAGAAAGAGUAUCCGCUCGCUCACUGGCUUGCAGCUCGGUAGCGACGUCAUGUUCCUCAAACAAGGCACCUAUGCCAACCCCAAAGAGCGGGCCCGUCUCAACAUCCGGGACAUGUUCCCCCGGGAAAAUUAUGACGAUGUUGACACAGUUUCUCGUGCCAUGAGUGACCCAGGCCUCUAUGAAGCUGCUUAUUCAGAAAUCAGUGCAGACUCUGGGCGGGACUCCCUUUUCACACGACCUGGGCUUGGCACCAUGGUGUUUAGAAGGAACUAUAUGACAGGUGGCAUGUUCGGGAUUGGAGGACGAGAUGAAGGAAGUGUUGUAGGAAGUGAACCUGUUGGUCGAGCACCUAAUGUCCGUCUGCGUGGACGCCUGCCUCAGUGCUCUCCUAGCUUUGAUGAAGACAGUAUUGGCAGCGCGUUUAGCCUACAGGAGAGGAACCUGCAAGAAUUACCUUGGGAAGAGGUUGACAUCGGGUUGGAUGAGGAUAUGGAGCCAGAGAAUAACUCUCUGGAAACUUUUCUUGCCUCUCAGGGCCUGAGUGAAUUCUUGUCGAUCCUCAGUCGGGAGAAGAUUGACUUGGAAGCACUGUUGCUAUGUUCAGAUCAGGACCUCAGUAGCAUUCAUAUCCCAUUAGGCCCUAGAAAAAAGAUGCUAGAUGCCUGCAAGAGGCGUCUCGAUGUUCUCGAAGAACCAGAAGCUAUUGAGGACUCUGCGCUUUGAGACUUUAUCUGUUUUAUAGCGGGAGUAUCAUCUUACAUCUUCAUUCCCAGCAGAUAGAUUCAUGACAGACUUUGGCUAAUAUCAUGGGGCAAAACAGCACAUGUAUUGUCUUUGAUCAUUUUAAUCACUAAUCAGCAGGAAAUAGUACUUUUUGGUUCCAAUUCAAAAUCAUCAAAGGUUAAGCAUGUCAACAAACUCGAUUAUGGCCUUUAAUGGUUCGAUCACUGGUGUGGGUUUGUUUAUCUCCAAAAAAAUCAUUGCCACCAUCUUGUGGCUACCAUCUGUAACUGCACUCAAUUUCAUGCUGUAGGUUCUCCUAGAUAAGAAUUGUCAAGAAUAUAGUUUACUUGAAUAAGACAGAUUUACAUAAAUCUAAAUCUGUCUCCAUAUUAUGAGUCUACACACAAAUAUUAACAAACUAAAUAAAACUAAUUACAAAUUUUACAAUAAGAUACAGGUUUUGGUUUUAACAUUUUUCCACAAACAGGUAGGUUUCUAUUGAUUCACCUCCAAUAAAUUCUGCUUUAUUGUUACUGAACAUUUCUAUUGCUCCAUUGAAGAAAAAAUCUCAAUUCAAAUAUUGUACUAUAAAACAAAAUAUUUUUGUUUGGCACAUGUACAUUAUUGACCAUACUGUAUGUUUGUGAUAGACACUAAUCUGAGACUGCUGCAGACAUGGUGGUAACAGUAAGACGAUGUGGUGUCAGGACUAAGUUACGUGAGUUUGCGAAAGAUAAAGCUGCAGUUUCAGGUUGCUGCAUGUCGCAUCACCUUUCAGUUCUGGAUGUAUCUGCACCAGAGGGCAUGACCCUGCAUGUAUGAUCAUUUUUAUUUUUUUGUAAUAACUGCCUGAAAAUGUUCACACAAACAUUAUAUCUUUUAGUAAAAUAAAGUAAACGAGUUCAUUGUGA